AUGGACACUAAUUGUCAACCGUCACCUCCGCUUGCUGCACAAGGCACAUCAAGUAAUCCACUAGAUUGUCAACCGUCACCUCCGCUUGCUGCACAAGGCACAUCAAGUAAUCCACUAGAUUGUCAACCGUCACCUCCGCUUGCUGCACAAGGCACAUCAAGUAAUCCACUAGAUUGUCAACCGUCACCUCCGCUUGCUGCACAAGGCACAUCAAGUAAUCCACUAGAUUGUCAACCGUCACCUCCGCUUGCUGCACAAGGCACAUCAAGUAAUCCACUAGAUUGUCAACCGUCACCUCCGCUUGCUGCACAAGGCACAUCAAGUAAUCCACUAGAUUGUCAACCGUCACCUCCGCUUGCUGCACAAGGCACAUCAAGUAAUCCACUAGAUUGUCAACCGUCACCUCCGCUUGCUGCACAAGGCACAUCAAGUAAUCCACUAGAAUGUCAACUGUCACCUCCGCUUGUUGCACAAGGCACAUCAAGUAAUCCACUAGCUAUGCUUGUAUACUAUCCAAAUAACAUUGCUGUUGCUGGUGGAAUACCCUAUCCAACUAGGAGAUCCCUACAUGGGCAUACCAUUCCAGCUGGUUAUACGUGCGUGAUGCUGACGUGUUGCCAUGAGCACUUCAAAGCCCCCCUGAUCCUUGGGGAUCCAGAAGAAAAUGGGAUAUUGGAGAAAAACAAAUUUUUUGCCCUCCCAAAUGAUUCGCUUAUGCAGUUCUUACCGAAUAAGACAAUGAUUCCCUAUCAACCGCUUUGAUCUAGAGUACAGAGGAACCCCGUAAGUAAGAACCUAAUUUUUUUUAGGGUUAGCCCAAAUUAUUUAAAUGGUGCUUAAAAGAAUUUUAGGCUACCAAGGUUCUUCAAAUAGGUUCUUAAUUUUGAGAGAGAAAAAAUUAUCUAUACUCAAAAAUGCUGGUUUUACUUAUAUUAUGUGUAAAUCACAGUGGUAAUACAGACAAACUAGUUGACAGCAAGUUCUAAACUUGGUAAAGACAGGCUUCCAACAGGUGGAAAUAAUUACAAAUAAGGUUACCCAGCCCUGCAUCACCAAAAGAUAAGGCUAAAUAUAGGUUCUUGUUUAUUGCGGGUAUUAAUGACAAAAUUUGAGGCUAACAGGUUCUUAAACCUUAGGUUCUUACUCAUGGGGUUCCGCUGUACCUACUAACGAUAUCUAAUUUAUACCAAUGAAUGUAUUGCUUCAUUUUUACAAUCAGUUAUCCAACUCAUUAAUAAUUCAUGAGCUAUUAAUCCAAUCACAUUGAGUAUUAGGUCACAUGAUUGAGUCUAUAUCACCCGAUAAAGCACUGAUUAAUAAAACAUACUAGUGUUUAAUGUAUCAUUGUUUUAUCCGAUUUAAAACACUUAAUGUGACUUGACACUAGCAAAGGUCUCAGGUUUAAUGUCUCAUGUCUCUCAUCAUAGACCUUUGCUAGAUUUUGAAGAUAACAGUCUUGUACUACACUCAUAUCAAUGGCCCUUGCAAGUGGGAUCAUUAUGAAUACAUAAUUAGCUCAAUUGCUCGUGCUCAAAUCCGUUUUAUGCACAUGUUUAGAUAUUUUGCCAUACAUUUUGAUGAUUAAUAAAGAACUGAAGAGUGUGUUUAGCGGGACUAAAGAUCUUUAUCACCUGAUAAAAGACACUCUUCUUCUUUUGUUCUUUAUACACUACUUAUAAUUAGAAUAAGAUGAAACUUUACAUGAUACCAAUUUCCCCUGAACUGUCAUGCCAAACAUUUUUUUCAGGUUUACAGAGUUCAAAAAUUAUGAUUUUAUAGCUUCUCUGCAUUAUUAGAAAUGAAACAGACUGUUUGCUAUUCUAAAAUCGCUGAUGUUUUGUAAUACUUUGGUCAAUUAUAACACAUAUUAGAGGAAGUUGAUUGUUGACAUGGCUGUUAAUUAUAUUCUGUCCUGCAAGUUUUAUAUACUAUACAAAAUCUGGGAAUGUGAUGAUUAAAUAUUCACAUUUAAAUGUUGACAAAAAUAAAACAAUAAUAAAAUCAAGGAAACUGCCAA